CAACCAACAUUUUAAUAGCACCUGAUCGAAGCUCCAAUUUCCUCUAGGCCCAUGAAGAUCCAAAGUGACAAGGCUCUCAUUCGUCUUCUUCACUGGCAGCAGGCGCUGAACAUAUGGAUUUUGAGCUCAGAUAGGUGCUAAUCAGAAUACUUUUCCUUUCCUCUCUUCAUUCCGCAAACCAUGGCUCUUGAUGUUGCGACCUUCGAGACCAUAAUUCCCUCUCGUUUCCUUUCCUUCACCAUCCCUCACCCUGCACUUCACACCCAACUUCUCCGUGUUGCUGUCCUCGACUCACCCGUCCAACCCAGCGACUCGCCCGUUGUCGCCGCGCUUUUUGUCCCUGAAAACCGCGAAUCAGACUGGAUUUUCUUUACAGAGUCCGGUCAUCUCCAGCUUCUCCUCUCAUCUCCUGGAAUUUCACGGCUCAUUUUGGUAGGCAAAAACCCCACCAAUGUUCCUGAUUCUAUCAUGAUUUCCCACAAGAGAGAGAAAGAUACCCAGUUCGUGAAAAACCUUGAGAAUAGCUUAAAACCUCUUUUUAUCGCGUUAUCUCCCAGGAUUUCUGUUAAAAAUAGGAUAUUUGAUAUACCCAUAUUGCAUUAUGAAGAUAACUUGAUUUGUAGUGUAGUUUUAGAGAGAAGCGUUGGGGUUUUGGUGGGUGAAAUGCUUGUUGAAGAUGUUGAGAUAGAGAGUGACAAUGAAUUGGAUGAUAAUCGUAGAAAACGGGAGUUUCGGAGGAGAAUGAGGUUUAAAAGAAUGCCGAACUUGAUUCAAACAGAGAUCCGAAUAGUGCCUGAAGCAGAAUUUGUUUUAGAUCGUGUAAGAAUUGGUGGCGAAGUGGAGUUUAGGCCUGAUACUGGGGUUUUGGUGCAUCCAUAUUUGAUACCAAUGGUAGCUGGUAUGUCCAUAGUAGGUCCUCAUAUUGAGGAUAGGAUUCAAAAUGGGUUAAAGCCUAAAGCUUUGUGUUUAGGAGUUGGAGGUGGGGCUCUGCUCAGUUUUUUGAGAAUUCAAUUGGGAUUUGAAGUUUUUGGAGUGGAAAUGGAUGAGGAGGUUCUAAGGGUUGCAAAACAGUAUUUCGGAUUGCAAGACUCCGAAAUUCAGGUUUUCGUUGGAGAUGCAAUAGAGUAUUUAGAGACACUUGCUAGUGGAGGCCGUUCCUCAAAUUUGGUUCAUAGUGGGGUUGGGGAAGAUCAAUUGAAUCUUGCAACUGGUUUUGCUACUAAGUUUGACGUUAUUAUGGUUGAUUUGGAUUCCUGUGAUGCCAGAAGUGGUAUUAGCGCUCCUCCAUUGGAGCUUAUUCAGAGGCAUAUUCUUUUGGCUGCAAGUUCUAUUAUCUGUGAAUUUGGAGCUCUCAUUGUCAAUGUAAUUCCUCCAAGCAGAUCAUUCUAUGAUACACUAAUACAUAAAUUCAGGGAGUUUUUUCAUAAGUUGUAUGAAAUUGAUGUUGGAAACGGAGAGAAUUUUGUUCUUGUUGCCACAAUGCAGCCUGUUUUACUUCCAGCAAGUGAGAGCCAAAAUACAUUUCUCAAGGAACUGAAGGGGGUGGUUUUGGAAAAAUACUUGGAUUCCAUCAGGAAAAUUUGAGGUCCUAAUGACCUAAGAUUUCAUUGUAGUUUUGUUCACGAAUAUUACCAGUGAAGGAGAGUAAGACCACCUACUCAUCAUUUUCUGAUCCCGCAUCAGAACUAUCCAAGCAGCUUGGUUGAUUAGAAAUUAAAGCCAAACGUGCCAGUCUGAAUUCCUGGUUUGAAGUUGAAGUCCAUUAAAAUGUUUACUAAUGGCAUUCAAAUGAAAGGCUCCAUCUUAACAUUUUUGGCUCUAAGCUUGGAAUUUUGUGAAGAAGUUUAAGAAUAACUGUCAUGAUUUCUUUCUGAUGAUUGAAGUAAGAGGGCUGCAGUGAUUGAUAUAAGUGCAUUACCAGUGUCAUUUAUCCAACUUUGUGUCACUUGCAAGUCCCUGGCUAUGAAGUAAUUUUCAGAGCUAUUAGCUCAAAUAAGUAUCCACAGCACACUGACUCCGAAAGCAAGCAGAUAUAGUGAAGUGGGAAGUGUUCCCUAUGAACAAAGAUGCACGUGUUAUCGUUAAAGGUGAUAACACUGGCAGUAUAGUAUGCUCUAAUCACUACUAAGAAAAGGCGUCGAUUGCAAUCUCUAUGCAUUUCAUGGGCAAUUAUGUUCAUCUAGGUGGAAAAUAGAUAUCCUUUGCUGCCUUCAAGUUGUAUGAAUUUCUGAGAACUCUUUAUUAAGACGGGUGGAAACUUCUCGUUAUAGUGGCGCCAUUGUCCAGCAAAAAAAUAUUCAAAAGACUCGACUCAGAAAUCAGAAAGAGUGAAACUGAAAGUGAACAUGUUCAGGAUGUAAACUUUCCUGAGGGCUGAGGAAGAUGGAUGUAAAACUCUGCUGAAACUGCGUGUUCUAGGCAGAGAGUAGAACAUUCUCUUCUUCUGCUUUGUUGUGAGGAUGAGUUACAUUUAUACCUGUAAGUCUCUGAAUGAGGUGCCUUUGAUUUUAUUCAUUUUCAGUUUCGACUGUUGAAACUUAUGCAUCUCAAAUUUCCAGUGUAAAAAUGCAGAAAGAAAAUGUCGACAGACAAUUAGACUAGAUAAACUUAUUGCAGUAUGGCAAAACUCAAAUCGAUUAUUUAUAUAAAACUUGAUGAGAUAUUUAAAUA